AUGGAUUUCUUUGCUUUGAGGAAUAAUGCAUCUGUGAUGAACUUCGAGAGCAGGCAGUUUCCAGUUACGAGACGGCUACAACUCGAAAUGCCAGGCAUCCAAGGUCCCAAUUCUGGUCCAGGUGCAACGAACGUCGUUGAUUCUGUCUUGCCAGCAGCACCAAGAGUCUUAUUGCCCAAUGGCAAGUAUGUAACCUGCGAAGAUGAACCAAUCAGGACUCCAGGUGCCGUACAGGCGUAUGGUCUCUUAGUAGCGAUUGAUCUUCAUGGAUCUGUAACGCACGUCUCGAGCAAUGUGCAAAAGCUGCUGGGAAUUGAAGCCUCGGCCUUUCUGUCGGCCGACAAAUUCACGGAUGUGCUUGCUCCAUCUGAAGCUGCUACAUUCCAGGAACAAUUUGAAAUAUGCUUGGCUCAACGGAUUGCCUUGGUCUUCACCCUCACCGUCAACUCAAUAGCGUGUUAUUGCUCAAUGGGCGAACCAACGACAACAAAUCCAGAUCUGAUUGUCCUUGAACUUGAAUUGGAAGAAGAUGCACAAGUCAGGCUACCAAUGACCGAUAUUGCAUCAAUCCCAUACUCGCCAUUCAAUGCAAACACCAUCGCACAAACAUUGUUGGAAAAGAAGAGAAGGAAAGCUAGUAAUGCAAACAUGAUACCAAUGUUUGAGCUCCUGUCUCAACUGAAUCGAUCCAUGCUCAAUGUCCCAGAUCUAGAUACGUGCGUAAAAAUAGUCGCUCAAGCAGUCAAACAUAUCACCUCAUAUGACAGGAUUAUGAUCUACCAGUUUGACGCUAGCUGGGCUGGUCAUGUAAUUGAAGAAUGCGCGGAUGAAAAACGAUACUAUGGCCUCAAGUUUCCACCAGGUGACAUUCCCAAACAAGCCAGAGAACUCUAUGUCAUCAACAAGAUUAGGUUACUGAAUGAUCGAGAAGAACCUACUGCACCCAUAGUAUGUAGGAAUCAAGCUUUAGCUGAAGUACCUCUGGACAUGACAUAUGUCAACAUACGAGCUAUCUCGCCAGUCCACAUCAAGUAUAUGAAAAACAUGGGCAUAGCAAGCACUAUGUCUAUUUCUCUGAUGCACAAUAACGCCUUAUGGGGCUUAAUAGCCUGCCAUGGAGUAACGCCAGGUCGGCCAAGUGUAGCAGUCCGUCAAUUUUGUCGUCUUGUCGGUGAAACCUUCUCGUCAAUCAUCGAUGCAAGGAUGCUCCAGAAAUCAGUCAGAAAUGCUCGUAGUUUUGCAUCUGUAGCAGCCAACCCAUUCUCCACAUCCGUUGGAGGUAAUACUGGAGUGCCUGCAGUCGUGGCAGGGACUGUCGCUGACAUUCUAACAUUAUUUGAUUCCAAUUUUGGAAUAUUGAGUGUAGAUGGAGAGUCUAAGUUAUUAGGAGAACCUACUGUAGAUGCGUCUGAAAUCAUUGCUAUUGUAAAUUUUGUCAAGUCGAGACAGUUCGAAAGGAUAUGUAGCACGGACAGACUGAGGGAAUACGCGCCUGAAGUGUGUAGUUCUGUGGCUGGCUUUUUGUGUAUUCCGUUAUCUGCUGCCACGCCCGCUGGCGGUCCUGGUGAUUUUGUGUUGUUCUGUCGGUUGGAGCAACUCCAAACUGUGUCCUGGGCAGGCGACCCUAACGAACCUGUUACUUACAAUCCUGAAACGUUGAGUCUCGAGCCAAGAGUCUCCUUCGCAACCUGGAAAGAGACGGUCAGAGGAUUAGCGAAUCCCUGGACACCUGAAACUCUAGAAAUGGCUAGUAUGUUGCAGCUGGUCUAUGGAAGAUUCAUGAAUGUUUGGAGGGAAAAGGAGCGAGCUGAAAACAGGAAUCGACUGAAGAAUCUGUUGAUUGGUUCUGUCAGUCAUGAUGUUCGCACACCUUUGAAUGCCGUCAUUGGCUAUCUGGAGCUCGCUCUCGAAAGUCCUAUGGAAGAGCAACUACGAGAAUCGCUAAUUACCUGUUACAAUGCAUCCAAGUCUCUGAUUUUCAUUGUCAAUGAUUUGUUGGAUCUGACAAGAUUCGAAGCUGGAAAAAUGCUCUUCCGAUCAGAGCCCUUUGCUAUCAGAUCAGUAUUGGAGAGCACGCUUCCUAUAUUCACGAACGAAGCCAACAAACGUGGACUGAUAUUUGAUGUGAUUUGUGAAGAUGAUGUUCCACAAAUUGUCAUUGGUGAUGGUCCAAAGAUUAGUCAAGUAAUCACCAACUUGUGUUCCAAUGCUCUCAAGUUUACUGAAAAGGGUUGUAUCAAAGUACAUUGCCAGAAAGUGGAAGAUACUCCUCCAGAUGGUGUCCUGAUACAAAUACAAGUUUCUGAUACAGGCAUUGGUAUUCCUGUAGACAAGCUCGAUCGAAUCUUUCUAGACUUUGAGCAAAUCACCAAUGUUCUCAGUCAUAAAGUGCAAGGGACUGGAUUGGGAAUGGCCAUUGUCUCAAGGCAAGUAUUAAACAAUGAUGCGCUACUGAAGACAACUCACAAGCAUUCUAAUGCGAUUCUGAUUAGAAUCAUGACCAACAUGAAGGGUACGCUACGAGUCGAUUCGACAGAAGGUGUUGGAACAACCUUCACAUGCCGAAUACCGUUUGUUUUGCCCAAAAUGACUGAACCACUAAGUCCGACUGAUGGAUCUGGAUCUCGUCGUGGAAGUCGUACCACUUUCCCUAUAUCUUUGUCGCCAAGCAAUGCGUCUAUUGGGCUUACAAGUCCCCCUACAUCUGCCACGUCUCCAACUGAAUCUCCUUCGAGUUUCGGCGGUGGCAGAUCUCCGUUUGGAAAGCCACCAAGAGCAUUGAAAUUGUUGGCUGCUGAAGAUAACUCUAUCAAUCAAGCACUUCUCACACGACGAAUGCAACAAGCGGGUCACAGCAUUAAGAUGACUCAUGAUGGUCGAGAAUGUGUUGAUGUAUACAAGUCGGGCGAGAUAUUUGAUGUCAUUCUGAUGGACGUACAGAUGCCAAUAAUGGAUGGCCUAGAAGCCUCCAAAGCCAUUCGUGAAUAUGAAGCAACUCUGGACCCUCCACGACGCAUCCCGAUCUUUGCCAUCUCUGCCAAUGCAUUCGCUGGUGAUCAAGAACGUGGAUGGGACUGUGGAGUUGAUAGCUACUUUACCAAGCCUGUGAAUUUUGGAGAGUUGGUUGCAACCCUUGCAAAUGUUGGUCGUGGUGGUGCGUUUUGA